UUUUUAAGUAAACGCUUUUAAUGACACAUUAAAAAAAAAAAUGUACACAGUUUUUAUAUAACUCUACAGUGAAACAGGUUGAAUUUUGAAGAUAAUAUCGUAACCGAUAGUUGAAUUAGCGAGCUAAAGCUACGAUGGGCUAACGUGAGUUAACGUCAGUUGGCGUUAGUCAAGUUAACAGUUAACAUAGUUAACAGUUAGCUAGUUAACAGUUAACUCAGUGGUAAGUUUCGGUUUCCUCAGAAGGUGUUCGUGGCAUUAACGUCGCCGUUGCGGUUGGGUGGAAAUCAGCGGAGUUAAUGCUGGAGCUCUGAAGAACCGCAGCAUGUUUCCCCGCAACGCCACCUCGAGACAGCGGCCACAAUACCCCACCGACUCGUACACGCCGCCAACCCCGUGGCCAACCCGGCGCCACGAUUACAACCACGAUUACAACCACCACAGGCUGGCUGGUGUCAACAAUAAUAGGCGUGUGUUUGGUAGCUUCGAUGUCCCCGGACAAGUGAGGUUUCCUUCAUAUGAAUGGAAGCCCAGGCCAGCAUCAACAUGUCCUCCUCCAGUCCUCCCUCCAGUCCCCCCUCCUCACAAAACUAUGACCAAUGGCCGCAAGAGGCAGAACGAUGAAUACAACCCCAACGUUGUGAAGCGCCAACGCCUUGAGCCCCCUUUAUCUCAAGCCCCUCCCCUUCAUUGUCCUGACCAAGAGGUGGCAUGGUCAUCAAGAUCAUCAUCCGUUGCUGGUUUUGAUAGUUCUUAUCCCAGCCCAUGUGCCCAUAUCCAGCCUCAGGUCACUGCUGUCCCAAAAAGUUCCAACAUCUUGCAGGUUGACGCUAAGGACAAGUUAAGUGAUCAGAUGGUGGAGCUGUUUGAUGCAUGCCAGCAGAAAACUUCAGAUUUGGAGCGGAAGGAAGCGUGCCGAGCUCGGCUACAGAAAGACAUACAGAGUAUCUAUGCAGUGGCACGGCUUUACUUGACUGGAUCUUCAAUGAAUGGAUUGGGCUGCCGGAGCAGUGAUGCUGAUCUGUGUCUGGUCCUCAAGGGGAAUAAAAGAACUGAUCCUAUACAUGUACUCUCUGUCCUCAAAAGAUUCUUCAAGUCACUGUUAUAUGUAGAGAUGACUCAGCUGAUCAGAGCUAAAGUGCCCAUCCUCAAGUUCAAAGAGAAAGACAGUGACCUGGAGUUUGAUCUGAAUAUCAACAACACAGUGGGCAUCAGAAACACAUUUCUUCUGAGGAGUUACGCCUAUGCUGAUCUCAGGAUAAGACCCAUGAUCCUUGUUGUCAAGAAAUGGGCACGGCACCAUCAAAUCAAUGACGCCAGCAAAGGAACGUUGAGCAGCUACACACUUGUGCUGAUGGUGCUGCACUACCUCCAGACUCUCAAGGAGCCUGUCCUUCCCUCUCUACAGAGGGACUACCCAGACUGUUUUUAUCCCUUCAUGGACAUUGACAUGGUUCCAGAGGGACCCAAACGCGUCCCCCCCUACAUCUCAAGAAACCAAUCCCCUCUGGGAGAGCUUCUUUUGGGCUUUCUCAAAUACUAUGCUACAGACUUCAGGUGGGAUAAGCAGGUGAUCUCGGUUCGAGAGGCCAAAGCUUUGCCCAAGGACAAUUCUGUAACGUGGAGAAACAAAUACAUAUCUGUGGAAGAGCCAUUUGAAAGAAACAACGUUGCCAGGGCAGUCCAUGAGAAAAUCAAGUUUGAUGCCAUUAAAGCCGAGUUCGCCCAGUCAUGGCGGAUACUGCAGGACAAAAAGGACCUGAACUCGAUCCUCCCAGUCGGAGCCAUCAUUAAUAAGGAGGUAUAUUUGAUAAGGGGCUCCUCUUAUUAGAAGAGCGGACCGGAGUCUUCUACCUCAAGACAUACCUGUUCCCAGAAACAAAGAGACCUUUUGGUGUGCUGAGAGAGAAGCCCUGCUGCCUCCGCAGCUCACAGCCAGAAAUAAUCUGUGACUCUAAAUGCUCUGGCUGCAUUGGUAUUGUUCGCAUACUGCAUUUCCUGUUUUGAAAAUACUGCACUCUAUUUCAAAUGCUUCGCAGACAGUCACAUUAUUGAAACUGAAGACAACAAUACAAUAUUUGUGGUGUGGCACUAGAGGGAUAUCACAUUGACUAGAAGACACUGCACUGUUACAAUAAUUCUGUGUUAUGUUAAGAGAUGGUCAUUGAUGCUACACGUCCCUCUUAUGGGGUAAACGUCGAGUAAACUGACAAAUCAUCAGACAAUAAUACCUGCAACCUGCUCAUAUCUAGCUUAAAUGGAAGCGUUUUUCUCCCCUGGUCUCAGUUUUAGUUAUAUCCAUAUUUCUAGAGCCAUACUGCACAUGUUAUAAGAUGCAAAUCAUUUGCUUCUGCAACACAUGCAUAGUAUAUACAGUAUGCCGUCUUCAGCUUGUGUUGACCAAAUUUUAACAAAGUAUUUUUUUCUAGGUCAGUAGUACAACCGUGGGUUUAAAUGCCAUCUACUUUUUCUUUCUUCUACAGAUGCAUUAAAUGCCUUCUUUCAUUAUUGCAUUGUUUAAGUUUAAGCUCCUCUGAAAACUGAGCUAUUAAGUGAUGUUUACCUGAGGGUCAUCAUUUAAGUGACUCCAAGGUGAUUAUUAGAGGGCUGUGAAGAGGUCAGUCUCUGAAUGUUGUCACGCCUUUAUCGUUGGUCCUGAUGUGAUGUAUUCUUUCCCUUAGACUCUGCAAUUUUUGAUUUAUUUGGACAAAAAAUGUUAUUCACUUGUUUUCUGUUGACUUAAUGCAUACCUUUAUUUGAAUAAUUUACACUUCAAUGUUUCCCGAGUCCUUUUUUGUACAUUACUGACUUUUAAAGGUUUAUUUAAACAUUAAAUCUCUUAAAGAUGUUGAA